UGCUCCCCACAGCUAGUUGCCUGUGAGAACGAACCCCGCAGCGCGUCACAUGGGAAAUGGGAACGCGCUUGGAGCUCCAUGUAAAUAGAUCCCCCGACCCCACCACAAUCAACCUCUGGAUCCUUAGGGUUCAAGGCCGAUGCUUUGUCUUGACAACUCCGACUGGGUCGUGAACUAACGGAGAUGUCGCGCUCAAGUGGCUCCUCGAACCAGAGCAAUCUGACUUUGACGCAGGAGCUCGAACGGCUCGAGCAGUCAAUCACUCUUACCCUGCAGGAGAUUGACCACAACUUCAGCAAGGCACACCGGAUCGUGACGACCAGCAUUCUGCCAUUGGUCGAGCAGUACGGUGAGAACUCCAAAGCUGUCUGGGAGGCUUCGAAGUUCUGGAAGCAAUUCUUCGAGGCGUCCGCGAACGUCUCGCUGUCCGGCUACGAGGAGCUCGCGGGCGAGGAUGGCGAAACGACGAGGGCCGGCGACGGCGACGACGACGACGAGACGGCUGCCCUAGAGGACACGGACUACGCCUCGCAAGCGGACCUGACUGCGCAGCCGCACGCCGACAACGACUAUGACGAGGGCGACGACGACCAGCAGCCCGAGUCGCCCUCACGCCGGCGCGGUCUACACGACCUCGAGGAAUCGCUGCUCGACGACGCGACAGUGACUGGCAGCACACCCCGCCCUCCAGCGACGAAAUCGAUGCGCCCCGACUUUGCAGACCUCGGCUCUCCGUACGAAAAGCUGCGGCGCGAGCUCCAGAGCGGCGGCGGCGGCCGUGGCAACGACAACGAUACUGUCAGAACGGACCUGUUCGAGCAGGGCGACUUUGAUGGCGGUGCCCGCGGCGGCGCGGCCGACGAGGAAGACACGAUGGAGCUGCCAACGCAGCAGAGGCGGGCUGCGACCAAGCUGCCGGACAUGAGCAUGACGCCCGACAAGCACUACUCUUCGUCGAUACUCGAGGAGCCCACGCUGCAGUUUGGGAUGCCGUCGACGGCCAAGAAGAACAAGGACCCGCUGCUGCACCGCGUGCUCGACAAGAACUACCGCCUGCAGGCGACGCCGCUCACGGGCGCCAAUGCGUAUCGCCGGUCGCCUGACAAGAUUGGCAGCGCGAGUGCGCGGCGCACGGGUGGUGGUGGUGGCCGCGGCGUCGCGGAGACGCCGCAGGGCAAGAACCAGGCAAGUCGCCAGCUGUGGGACGACAGCCCGAUGAGCAGUCCCGAGAUGGCGAUGCCGAAGCUGCGGAGCGACCUGUACAGCAUGUCGCCCGUCAAGACGCGCGGCCUGCUGUACAACCGCGCGGGAGGGUCUGGUGCUGGUGCUGAUGGAGGCAGCAACCCGCCACGGACUCCGGGUGUAAGCGUGCAGACGCCAGCGACAGGGAACAACAAGAAGAAGGAUGUGUUUGCCGGCGAGGCUGCAGGUGGUGCAGCCAAGAGCAAGGGCAAGAAGAAAGAUGAGAUUACGUGGGAGAGCGACAGCGAUGACUAUGACUUUGGCGGCGACGGCGGCGGCUUUGCCGGCAUGAGCCCGCCCAAGACGAUUCAGUUUGCGCUGCCGCCAAGCAAACUGAUGCAGACCCCAGCGCGAGAAGCGAGCAAGCGCAUUGUGGAGGAUCUGCUUAUCACAGCAGGCGCCGGACCUGGAGGAGACUCGCCGGAACUCAGCCCAACCAUGGUGAAGAUGAACCAGGAUAUACUGGACGACACAUUUUGACUCAAGCUGCAUGAGGCAAAUGGGACUACUGGGUUGUCAAGAUAUAUUGACCUUCAAGAUAUUGAGCAUGUCGCGAUCUGUGGUGUCUGCCCGGCCGCGUCUAGACACGACAGCCGGGGAUAUACAACAAGCUGCUGCGUUUCGAACACAAAAUAUCUGAGCACAUAGAACAAGAAAGAGAUACCCAAAUUGAUUAACCACAACCGUUUAGAACAUGC